CUCUCUCCUGGAAACCUCGGAGAUGUAAACAUCGAGAUGACCCUCUAUCCUGAUGAUAUGCGUCCGGUAUUGAGACAACAGCAGAAAAAACAGAGACCGAAUCUUUCGACUUUGCCGUGGAGACCGCACGGCUAAUGCAAUUCGACUUCGUCUGAGCAGUCGAUGCGGUGGGCGAAAAGGAUGCUGGAGGAUUGUGAAGCACAUCACGAGAUAUGCAAGGCCUCGCGCAUGGCCACUGGCCCAUGGCUGCCGACCAGGCUUGUCUUCCUUGGAAAGCCAGGUCACAACCCGCGGCUGGUGGAAGCACCAGAAAUGCGGCUUGAGCCCUCCUCACUGCCGCUCCGAUACACGACUCUCAGCCACCGUUGGGGCAAGACCCACCCCCUGAAACUGACUAUGGAGAACCGAUGCCAGUUCUCUAAUGGGAUACCGUGUCAAGACAUACCCAAGACCUUUGCCGAUGCCAUGGAGAUCACCAGGUUUCUCGGCCUAGAGUAUAUCUGGAUCGACUCCCUUUGUAUCAUUCAGGGCGACGAACGGGACUGGGAACGCGAAUGCGCUCGGAUGGCUGAUGUCUACCGACAUGGCUAUUGCAACAUCGCAGCGCUGGAAGCGGCUGACAGCCACGGAGGCUGUUUUAGCGCCUGGGAUCCAACACUGCUCAGUCCUAUUGUCGUUGAAAGCAAGUGGCGCAACCAAAAUAGCCGUCACUGGGGGCACUUUACGGAGCAUAGGGAUUACCCCAUAGCUGAGUUCGAGACAGCCCCGGUCCAUCUGCGUGGUUGGGUGCUUCAGGAGCGCCUUUUGUCUCGGCGGGCUCUCCAUUUCGGACGGAAGGCGAUAACCUGGGAAUGUAAGGAAAGGCUCAGCGCAGAACUCGACGGGGAUACGGCAUGUUCGAUACCAUUCGACCAGGAGUCGCGCCGCAUACCCCACAGCUACUUCGGCGCCGUAGGCCACACCGAGCUCUCACAAGAGGAAGCCCGCGACCUCGUGCAGGCAUGGUUCAUGGGCGUCGUGCCCCAGUACACCGCUGCAGGACUCACUUAUCAAACCGACAAAUACAUGGCCAUCUCGGCCCUGGCACGCGAGGUGCACCGUAAACUCAACCUCAACACUGGCAGGAAACCUGAAGUGGAAUACCUUGCAGGCCACUGGAGCCUCGACCUCGAACACCACCUGCUGUGGUGCGCGGCUUCUCCCGAGAGUGCCAGAAGACGCUUGGGUUUCGCUCAGCGGGUCGGUGCGCCCUGUGAGAUGGGGAUUCCACCAUAAUCUUCGUCACACCGCGCUGCUCAGUCAUGUUUCCGGUUAUCGUCUUUCCCCAAGGUCCGGCGACCCCUUUUUCGGCCCCGAAGCACGGUCAAGGA